AUGAUUUGGAUUUUAUUAUUGUUACAAAUAACGCUAACAAUUACAGUUAAAGAUGUUAAAAUAAAUUGUCUCGAUUACUUAUUCGACGAAAAUUACGGCGGGUUAAAAGGUUACACGGUUAUUAUUAAUGGAUAUUUUGAUAUUAAAAAUCCCGUAUAUUUAUGUGAUACAAAUCACGUAAAAAAUUUACCUCAAGAUAUUAAAUAUAAAAAUUUUGUGAUUAACUUUAAUACUGUGGAUGAAACAAAUAUCUUAUUAAAAUAUAUUCAAGAAUUAGGCAGUUUUUAUUGCCAAGCUAAUUAUAUUUUUGAAAUAAAUAACGAUGAAAUCUUGCCCAUCAUGGAUUUAUUAAGAAAAUAUAAAAUCAAUAAAUCUAUUUUGAUGUCUAAUAAUACUAUAUAUUUUUUCGAUCCUUAUAAACUUGAUGAAAAAGAAAUUUAUUUAAAAAAUGAGACUUGUAAAGAUUUUAAACCAAUUUGGGUGUAUAAAAAUUGCACAAUAAAACUUGCUUGGGAUAUUAGACCACCUUACGCAAUAAAUGAGAAUAAAAAUAGUACUCCUGGAAUAUUAAUUAGUAUUAUAACAACAUUAUCAGAACAUUAUAACGUUAAUUUACACUUUAACAAACCUUCUUCUGCCUAUAUUCGAGAAAUGCAUUUAAAAGGAUCUUUUGGGUUAAUAACUAAAGAAUUCGAUAGUGGAUUAAGCGAUGUUGCUGUUUAUGGCGCUCCAGCUCUAAAUUUAAUAACGAAUUAUAGUUUUAUUACAAAUUACGUCGUACAAGAUGGUUUACAAUAUUUAAUACCAAACCCAAAAGAAAUUUCGGGGAUACAAAAAUUUACUUUUUUGAUGCCAACUAAUUAUUGUAAAAGAACCGAUGAGAUUCAAUCUGGAAUACACGGUAAUAAAUUGAUUGAAAUUUGUUCUUACCUGGUAUUCUUAACGUUACUAUCAUACGGAAUUUACUGCAAUUAUCAAUGUCAUGCUAAUGAUAAUUGUGAUUCUGUGAUAUGUUCGGAUACAUUUAUGGGCGCUUUAAGUUGUAUGGUUACGUCGAUCGGCUAUGAAGACAACCCAGAUGAUACUUUAUUUUUGAUAAUUAACGUUGUUGUUCAAAUGGUGGUUUUUUACUUUGUUUCGGCAGCAGCUUCCGCUUAUUUUUCAGUUUCUUACGUUACUUAUUUUUUUAACCAAGUUAUUUAUUCGAAUUGCACCUUAGGAAUGAUCGAUUUUGUAAAACAACUCCAAUCACCAAAAUUUUUACAAGACAGGAUUUACGAAGAAUUUCAUUUGGCAUGGGCUAUGAAGCGAACUUACUGUUAUGAUUUAUCCACCGUAGGAUAUUCUAUGGGAACCACCUUUCUUCAUCCGAGCAUGUACAACGAACUAAUGAUUGAUAUAGCUUGGGUUUCUUUUAAACAUUCCCAUUUAUUUAGAAACGUCGAUUUUCAUUAUUUACGCUAUUUAUCUAAUUAUGUUGCGUUGGAAUACAAACUCCCGGGAGAAUAUUUAUAUAUAACGGGCGAAUGGAAAAAUAAAAUGAUUUAUAUUUCUUCGGGAACAAUCGAAAUUAUAUCGAACGAAGAUAAAUGUUCUUCGAUUUUAUCACUUUGCGAAGGCACUUUAAUAGGUGCUUGUACUUUAUUGUUUGGAUAUAGGUCAUCGCAUUAUAUUCAAUGUAAAACUUUUUGUGAAUUUCAUAUAUUAAGGAAAAGUGAUUUUAUAAAAGCAUCACAAUUUUUUCCCGAAGAAUUUAAAGCAGCAAAAAAUAAAAUUUAUGAACGUUACAACGGCGCAUUAGAAGCACACGCCAUGUCAGUACGUGCCAGAAAAUCGGUUAUUAGUAAAAAAGAAAACGUCGAUUCUUACACGCUUUUAUGGGUCAAAAAUACAUUACAUCGUUUAAUGGCUACGGAUGCUGAUUCAACUUACAGACACGAAUUUCAAAAUAUCUACCUGACAACGGAAGUGGAAGUGGAAGCAUUUAGCAAAUUAUUAUUCAACGCGGAUUUCUUUGAUAUGUUAGUGGUGAAAGAACGAUUACAGGUUGAUACCGAUUCGGUGUUCGUUAGAAAUACGUUUCCGUUCAUUUUCCAACCGAAUUCUAUUUUGGCAAUUGCUUGGCAAGGUGUUAUAACGGUGUUAAUUAUUCUUGUGUCUUUUGCGAUACCAUACGUGGCAUUUGUCGUUGAGGAACCACCUAAUUCGUAUUUUUGGAUUAUAAGAGGUGCUACACACGUGUAUUUAUUAGAUGUUUGUAUUCAAUUAUCGACAGCCACAAAAAGUAGGCAUGCAAUAACCGUUACACACUCAGCAACCAUAAAAGCCAGAUUACAAACGGUUACGUUUUGGUUGGAUGUUGGAGCUUUAGUCCCAACUGAAGCUUUUAUGUGUAUUUUAAGCACUGUGGUCGAUUCAAGUAUUAAAGCACAAUUACAAUUGAACCGAUUAUUAAAAAUUUAUAGACUUAAAUUGUUGUUUGAUGUGUGGGAUCAACAAUUUAGUACUAAAAAACUUACAGUUAGAUACGUAAAAUAUUUCUGCCUGGUUAUUUAUGGUGUGUUUGUUUUAUAUUGCGUACUGAGUUAUUGGCUUAAAUGGUAUAAAGUUCCUGAAGAAGGGCAUCUUAUGUUUAAAGCGGCGUAUAUUUUCACUAAGUCGUUUGUGUACCGAAAAUUCACCCCACCACACGUUUUUUUCCCGUUUUUAAAUAUACUCACAGAAAUAUUUAGAAUACUAAUGUUUUCUAACAUAAUGGCUGGGUUUGUUAUGGAAACUCUAUCAAAAUUUCAAAUACAACAGAUGUAUGGAAGUGUUACCAAAGUGCUUACUCCCGGAUAUACCCAUAAAUACGAACAAAGGAUUUUGCAAAUUAUUGAGUUAGAAUGGUAUCAAAAUCGUUGUAACAGAUUACGAUCAUCGGAUAAAUUAGUAUGUAUGAUGAGCCAGUUCACUUACAGUGAAUUUAUGACCAGUCAACUUGCUGAUGUUUUAAAAACUGUUGAGUUUUUCAAUGAUUUUUCCGAUGACCUUAUUGCCGAUAUAUGUGAAAUUUUUUACAUAACCGUACUACCACCAAAUGAAGCUGUAAUAUACGGCGGCGAUCUUUCAAAUGUCAUCACCUUAAUAUUUAAAGGUACUUACGAUAUUUUUAACGAAUACGGUGUUUAUACAACCACGAAAAACACACCGACGGUAAUUAAUUUAAUCGAAGCUUUGAUGAAUAUUCCAAGUAUUAAUACUGUAACGUCGGUAACACACUGCAGAAUUUUUUACAUGAAUGCAAACCGUUUUCGUAGCUUAUUAGUGAAACAUACACGAUACGCAAGUGGAUUAUUGCAGGCUUUAAAAGCAAGCGAUGAUUUGAAAAUAAAAUUACAUCGUAUGUCAAGAAAAAAUGUUUUUGAUGUAAAUCAAAGUAUAAGGAUUAAGGAGAAACGUCGACCAAAAUUCUAUUAUUUUACAAAUCUUGUCGCCGAUUCAGAUGAAGAGAUCGAUUAUCAUUUACCUUUCGAUAGAAUACACCCGUUUUCAUUUAUCCGUUACUUUUUUAUGAGAAAAACAGUAGAUCCACACUGCAACUUUAUCAAAUACUGGGAAACAUUUCGUUGCAUUUGCGCCAUCUUAACCGGAAUGUUUACGUUUAUAAUUAACGCAAAAGAAAUGUUCAUAAUACUAUUAAUAUUGGAUUUCGCAGCGUUAAUUGACAUUUAUUUAAGAUUUCAUUUUGCGUAUUACGACGAAAACGGAGUGUUGAUAUACCAUCCAUUAGCAACAGCAAAAAAUUACAUUACGGGAGCUUUCGCUAUAGAUUUUUUGGGCAUGUUUCCUACGUCUUUUCUUCAAUUGGAACUUGGUGGCAUACUAGAACUUGUGCAAAGAGCCAAUAAACUCUUACCUAUGUAUCGAUAUAUAGGUUUUUGCAUGACUUUUAUACAAUAUAAAAUCACCCCUGUUGCUAAACCUUAUGGUCUGGUGUUUAUACCGGUUAUUUUGGUUUUAAGUUGUGUUUCUGCUGCUAUUAUUAUUGUUUUGCAAUGUGAAGUUAUUACUAAAGAUGACGGUUUAACUCUUAAAUGUGUCAAGGGAAACACAUUCGAAAUAGCAAAUAUGUCAGAUCCGAUAUCACCAAUUCACGCUCAACUAUCCACAAUAUACAUGUCCUGUUCAAUGCUAACACCCGCUGGAAUACAAGGAUUUAUAAUUCCGGAAGAAAUCCAAGUUUUCGCCGGUAUAUUAAUCUUUAUAGGGACUUUUUUGACUGUAACAUUUGCCGGUAGAUUCAUAACGCUUUACUCUUUUACUCACGGUACUUUAUUAAAAUAUCAAAAUGAUAUUAAAUCGUUACUUACCCACAUGAAUUCUCUCAAAGUUAGCUCGGUUUUUCAAAAACAGCUCAUUGCAAAUUACGAAAUUAAAUAUAAAAUGAUACAAACGAAUGAUGUUCAUGCAUUUUUAGGUCAAGUUUCGCAGCCGCUUAAAUUAGAUGUUCUUUAUGAUCUUUAUGGGAUUAGAUUAGCUCAAGUUUCGGUUUUUACGAAAGGCGAUAUGGGGUUUUAUAGAAAUCUUUUACCUCUCAUGAACUACAAUAUUAUUAGUAAAGAUGGGUUUUUAGGGAGAUGUAAUGACGUGGGUUCUGAUAUUUAUAUUGUGUAUAGUGGUGUUGUGCAGGUACUUAAUUCGAUGGGUAAACAAGAGAGGGUUUUAUACGUGGGAAGUAUGUUUGGAAAUAUGAAUAAUAGGGAGUAUAUUAGGUACGUGUGUAGUUUUCAAGCUGCCACGCACGUGGAGUACUUUCAUUUACCCGCUUUAGAGUUUUUUAAAAUCUUAAAAUAUUACCCUACAACUUGUAACGAAUUUAUUUUCUUUAGGUCAAUUUUUUCCAAAUAUAUCGCAGCUCAUAAAGUCGAUAUAAAUGAUGGUAGUGUUGCGAACAAGUUAAAUUUUAAAGGAUUCGUUUUUCGACACAAUACUAAACGAAUGAAAUCGUGGAAGUUUUUUAUAUUGGUGUUUGUUUGUUAUUUCGGAAAUAUUCUUAAUUCGUAUCAGUUAAGCGUUCAAGAAUAUUCACAAACUAUUUUAACGCUGAUGUAUAUCUUCGAUGUUGCUUAUGUAUUAGAUUAUUACAUAACUUCUAGAACAUCUUAUAUAGAUAAAACAGGUUCGCAUGUCACAAAUUUAGACAUGAUACAACAAUAUCGGAAAAGAAAUAAGUUUUUGUAUGUAAUGAGAAUUAUUGGGUUAAUACCUUUCGAAAUCCCCGUUUUAUUACUUUACAGUAUGGAGAAGAGUUCGAAAUAUUUACUUUAUAGCAUAGCUCGUUCAAAUCGUUAUUGUCGCCUUAUUUUUAUCUUCACUUAUUUUACUCAAAAAUCUUAUAGAUUAAACGUUAACGUUUAUUUAAUGCGUUUGAGUUAUAUAUUUUUGUGGACCACUGUAGCCCUAACAAUAAUUACAAUGUUUAUCAUCGCGCCUUCAAGUUAUUUUUGGACGGAUGAUAUUUAUCCGCCAAUUCCCCAUUACAAAACAAUGUUUGAUAUGAACUCCACGGAAAAAUUUAUGACGUACGUAAAUUGUUUGCAUUUAGCAACAGAUUUCAUUUCGUUUACACCACAAUUAAGAUUUCAUCCGGUUUCGAUAGGAUACAUUAUUCUUUUUACAAUAAUCAGGAUCCUCUCAUUACAUUUAAUGUAUUUGUGUUAUAGCCAAAUAUACUGUUUGGUCGAUCAAUAUUCUUUUCACUUCGUGCAAUUUCGCGAUUCGCUACAACGCUUAGAAAACUUUAUGAAACGCGAAGAUGUUUCGGUUGCUUUGUAUGAUAGAAUAAUGCAUUAUGUACGAAAGCGUUGGUCGAGGAAAGCAACAGAUGUUUUCCCGGCGUUAAUGGAGAAAGCUCCGUUAUAUUUACGCGAAGACAUACUUAUGAGCGUUUUUGGGACUAUCCUAACCGCACAACCCGUAUUCGAAUCUUGCAAUAAUGAUUUACUUAGACAAAUUGCUGGAAAGAUACGAACAAGAAUCUUUUAUAGGCAAGAUUACAUACAAUUUGAAGGAGUCAUCGAUGAGUGCAUGUAUUUUAUUCUUGAAGGAGAAGUUAUUGUUACGAAUGAUUCCGGAAUAAUGUUGAAAACUUUAAAAGGGGGUGAAGCUUUUGGCGUACAACAAGGUGUCGAUUCUAAAGCGAAACAUGAAUUCACUUACAUGGAUAUUUCCCCGUAG